AUGGCAUGGUGGCCUGGCUGGGGGGGGAAUCGGCCGGUGGUGGAGCCAGAGGUCAUCAAGAGGGUCAUCUGCCACCAUUUUCCAGUUCGCCCAGAGGAUGUCACCGUCGUUAGGCACGCCCCCGAAGACUUCUUCAUCGACUUCAAGCACCGACACUAUCGUGACGAGGCUGUGACGCAGGGGACCUUCCCCUAUCGCAAUCUCGACAUCCACACAAGGCCGUGGCAGCUGGUCACGCACGGCGACAUCUGCGACCUCAAGUACCGUGUUCACCUGUGCCUGGAGGGCAUCCCACUUCACGCCUGGAACGAGAGCAUCGCCAAGAGGGUAGCCGCCAGAGCUUGCGACCUGGACUACGUCGAGAAGUCUUCGCUGGACCGUGUGGACACCAGGGCACUCUGUGUCUGGGCUUGGACGCACAACCCGUUCGACAUUCCAAAGGUAACCUGGCUGACCUUGUCGUGCAGGAAAGCUGAGUUUCACAGUUCACAACCAGCUCGCGGCCGCCGGGGACUCACCUUCAGGGUGCUGGUGCACCUUGACCUGGUGGAGGACCCACCGAGCAGAGAUGGACGUGCUGCUGCUCCCCGUGUAUACACGUGGGACUACGGUGUCGUUGAUGGGGAGAGGACGCCGUGCGACCGCCACGACCCUCCGCCUGCUGACAUCCACGGCGGCCGUCGCGACGACGACGACGACUGUCGUGGGCGCCGUGAACGUCAAGGUGACAACUGGUACUCGCGUCUCACCCGCAGCCUUUCGCGUGCGCCCAAGGACCGGGAGUGGGAGCGUUCAUUGUCGAGGCACGGUGGCCGUCGACACCGGAGCCCCGAGCACGGAGGUCGUCGACGCGCACUGGACAACGUCGCUGCUGGCCAUGACGCCCGCCUCUCUACACCAAGCAACGCUAUGGGUGACAACAGGAGGACUCGACAGUAG